AUGGUGCCUUCCAACUCUGUGGUGGCAGUGGCAAAGCAGGAGCACCCCCUAGACCCCGGCAAGGGCCGGGAGCUCAAAUCCUGGCGGGGCCUGGUGUUCUACCUCUGCUUCUAUGGCUUCAUGGCGCAGAUGCGGCCUGGGGAGAGUUUCAUUACACCCUACCUCCUGGGGGACAAGAAUUUCACCAAGGAACAGGUCACCAAUGAGGUCAUGCCGGUGCUGUCCUACUCCUACCUGGUGGUGUUGGUGCCAGUCUUCCUGCUCACUGACUACCUGUGCUACAAGCCAGUGCUGGUGCUGCAGAGUCUGAGUUACAUGUCCUUAUGGCUGCUGCUGCUCUUCGGCCACACUGUGCUGCACCUGCAGUUCAUGGAGUUCUUCUACAGCGUCACCAUGGCUGCCCGCAUCGCCUACUCCUCCUAUAUCUUCUCCCUUGUGCGCCCUGCCCGCUACCAGCGCAUGGUGGGCUACUCUCGGGCUGCCAUACUCUUGGGUGUCUUCACCAGCUCUGUGCUGGGCCAGGUGCUCGUCUCAGUGGGCCGAAUCUCCUUCACUACACUCAACUACAUUUCCCUGGGUUUCCUCACCUUCAGUCUACUGCUCACCCUCUUCCUGAAGCGCCCCAAGCGCAGCCUCUUCUUUAACCGCAGCACACCCACAGACCAUGCUACCGUGCCCUCUGAGCUAGACCACAUGGCUCCAGGUGGCCCCAACAAGCUGGCGGGUGGCAAGCUCGGACUCACACUGCUGGCAGCCUCACGGAACUCGGUGCCUGUCCGCAUGCUCCGUGAGCUGGGUGCCAACCUGCGACUGCCACAGCUACGCCUCUGGUCCCUCUGGUGGGUCUUCAACUCUGCUGGCUACUAUUUGAUCGUCUAUUACGUGCACAUCCUGUGGAAUGUGGUGGACGCUACCAGGGACAGCUCUGUGGUCUACAACGGCGGGGCAGAUGCAGCCUCCACUCUACUGGGUGCCAUCACCUCCUUUGCUGCAGGCUUCGUGAAGAUCCGCUGGGCCCUGUGGUCCAAGUUGGUCAUUGCAGGUGUCACAAUUAUCCAGGCCGGCCUUGUUUUCCUCAUGUACAGCACUAGCAGCAUCUGGGUCUGCUACACCACCUUCGUGCUCUUCCGUGGGGUUUACCAGUUCCUGGUGCCUAUUGCCACGUUUCAGAUUGCCUCAUCUCUGUCAAAAGAGCUCUGUGCCCUGGUCUUUGGGAUCAACACAUUCUUUGCCACCGUCCUCAAGACCAUCAUCACCAUCAUUGUGUCUGAUAAGAGGGGCCUGGGGCUCCCCGUUCGCUCACAGUUCCUCGUCUACUCUGGCUACUUCCUGCUGCUGUCCAUGGUCUACUUCUCAGGGGCCGUGCUGGUGCACCUGCAGGACUGCCGCCAGGGCCGCCACCCCCUGGAGCAAGAGAUGAAGACCACACAGGUACUGGGUGUGCAAGACAGCGGCCUCAGCAGCCUGCAGCCCGCUGCCCCACCACUGCCCCCGGAGGAGACUGUGUGGGCCUUAGGGCCAGCCACCCACAAGCAGAGCUCUCUUCCCGAGGAGAGGGCCUGA